AUGCGCCUUCAGGUUGAGUUUGACGAGAAAGACCCUCGCGAUCCAGUCAAUUUCUCCAGAUCUAGGAGGUGGGCCAUUACAAUCACCGCCUGUGCAUUUACUGGUAUUGUCGCCGCUUCCUCGUCUUCGUAUACAAUGGGAUAUAAUUCCAUGAUCCCUGAACUCAAUUGCACGGAGUUCCAAGCAACGAUAGGUCUCAGCGUGUAUCCUCUCGGCUUCGGUGUCAUCCCUCUCUUCACCUCGUCGUUCAGCGAAGAAUUUGGGAGACAGCCACUUUAUAUCGUCUGCUCGAUGAUAUUUUUUCUCACCCAAGUGAUGCUUGCAUUAGCUCCGAAUAUUCAAACUGUCAUCGUCGCUCGUGCCCUCGGAGGUGCUUUUGGCUCUACGGGAGCUACACUAGUCGGAGGCACAGUUGCUGACAUUUGGCGACCGCACGAACGGGGCCUGCCUAUGUCCAUCUUUGCUUUCGCGGCGGUAGCUUGCACUGGUCUUGGACCCGUGAUUGCCGGAUGGAUCGAGGCGAAUCCCCACCUACGAUGGAGAUGGAUACAAUGGAUACAUGCAAUAUUUACUGGCUCUUAUUUCAUUGCGGUAUUGCUGGUAAUGAGAGAGACUCGUCCAGCUAUAAUAUUGGCACGUUUGGCACGGAAGAUUCGUAAAGAAAAGGGGGACAAUAGAUAUCGGGCCCGCGUGGAGGAGGAGAAACGAAGUCUACUGGUGAUGAUUAUGGUUUCCUGCACGCGCCCACUUCACUUUCUCCUUACAGAACCCACAGUUGUUUGCUUCAGCCUCUGGGUUGGCUUUGCCUGGGGAGUGCUUUUUUGUAUGAUACAGUCCAUAUCUCCUGUUUAUCAGUCCCUUUAUAAUUUUGGAGUUGGAGAGACAGGAACUGUGUUCCUUACUUUGGUUAUUGGUAGCUUGCUCGGUUUCUUCGCCAACAUGUAUCAAGAAAAACUGUACCAAAAACACGUUGCUAGAAAGGGGCCAGAAGCUCGUCUAUACCUUGCUUGUAUUGCAGCACUCCUUUUCCCGAGUGGAAUGUUUAUUUAUGCCUGGACGGCCUUUCCGAACAUACCUUGGAUCGCUCCUGUAGUUGGGCUGACUAUAUUCAUGUUCGCUGCAUACGUGGUGUAUGGGGUUGUUUUCACAUAUCUCGCAGACUGCUACGGCAUGUACGCCUCAUCAGCAUUAGCAGGCCAAAGUCUUUGUCGUAACGUUGCAGCCACCGCAUUUCCUCUCUUCACAGACCAGAUGUUCAAUCGGCUGACUUACAAAUGGGCUAAUACGCUAUUCGCUGUGAUUGCAACAGUGAUGAUACCGAUACCAUAUAUCCUCUUUUUCUAUGGAUCCUCUAUUCGUCAGCGUAGCGCUGUUGCCCGAAAAAUCCAAGAAGUAGAAGCAAAACGAGAUGCCCAGGACGGCAAGUGA